UCUGCCACCUCCGAUCAAUCAAUCAAUCAGCAGAUCCAUUCACUGGGACUCUCUCUCUCUCUCUCUCUCUCUGUCUCUUUAAAGCACUCCUAUCUGGACAGGGAAACUUCUCUGAUUCUGAGAAACAUAGCAGGAAAACCUACGCACCUGCUGACCAAGGAGGAGCAGGCUGCGAAGCUGAAGGCAGACAACAUCCGAGUCGCCCUGGAGAAGAUCAAGGAGGCCCAGGUGAAGAAGUUGGUGAUUCGCGUUCAUUUGUCAGACGAGAGCUCAAAGACGAUGAUGGUGGACGAGAGACAGACGGUCAGACAGGUUCUGGACAGUUUACUGGAGAAAUCCCACUGUGGCUACAGCCCAGACUGGUCCCUGGUGGAAACGAUCAAUGAGCUGCAGAUGGUGGAAACGUAUGAGUGUUUCGGCGGCAGCUCGGUGUCCGUCCCUGAGAUGGAGGGAGUGUUGUGGCUGAAAGAGGACGGGAAGAAGUCGUGGAAGAAGCGCUACUUCCUGCUGAGAGCCUCUGGCAUCUACUACGUCCCCAAGGGCAAAGCCAAGGCCUCCAGGGACCUGGUGUGUUUCCUCCAGUUGGAUCACGUUAACGUUUAUCUGGGUCAGGGCUACAAGAGCAAGUACAAGGCUCCCACAGAUUACUGCAUGGUGCUCAAGCACCCUCAGAUCCAGAAGAAGUCACAGUACAUCAAGUACCUCUGCUGCGAUGAUGUCAGAACACUCCAACAAUGGAUCAACAGUAUUCGUAUCGCCAAGUAUGGGAAGCAGCUGUACAUCAACUUCCAGGAGGCGAUGAGGAGAACGGAGGCGGCGUACGAUUGGUCCUCCCUCUCAUCUUCCUCCAUCAAGUCGGGAUCCAGCUCCUCCAGCCUUCCAGAGUCUCAGUCCAACCACUCCAGCCAAUCAGACAGCGGCGUUUCAGAGAUGACGUCAACAGGCCACACCCGCUCCCAGAGUGGCGUCAGCUCCAUCUUCUCUGAUGCCUGGAGGAGAGGAACGCAAGGAGAGAUGAUGAGGAUUGACCCUAUCAGUCGGCCUAUUCCUCUCCAUAUACCCACCAUGUCCCCGCAGCCUCUUCCGCUCUCUCAGCCUCAGACUCCGCCCUCCCGGACCAGCUACACUGACGGCCUUGUCCCAUCGGAUGAUUCCUCCCCGUCGCCGCCCUCGCCUCCUCCACCUCCUCCCCCUCCCCCUGCGGUAUGUGUGGCCCAUCAGCCAGCACCUACCACCUCAUACGUCAAGUACAGCACGCUGGCUCGCCUGCAGAGCCAGAACCAGUCCAGGACGCCGCUGCCGGGAGCGACGCCAGCUGCCAUUCCCAUUCAGUCGACCAAACCAAACUACAAUACUCUUCCAGCUGUUUACAGCACCUCCCCUCCAUUACCACCAUCUCCUCCCCCUCCUCCUCCCCCCACAGUACCAGCUCCUGGCUCAGCCAUGGCUGCACUAAAAUUUGGUCCACCAAGCCCCUGCUCCGCUCUCCCACCACCACCACCGCUGGAUGAGGAGGAGCAGGAGCACGCCUACCUUCCGCCUCCUCCACCGGAGAGCCUGGAGGCCAAUGGGUUGCCGCUCCCUCCUGCUCCAGAGCACAUCCCCGACUCGUGUCCCCAACUCACCAACACUGGGCUCCAGCAGUUCCUGGCACAGAAGUUUCCCAACAUGGUGUACAACUUUACCACAGAAGAAUACGAUGAAAAUUGUCCUCCUCUUCCACCUCCAGCUGGACUCUCUCCUCCUACCUCCCUGCUAGCUCUUCGGCCUCUCUCCCCCAGCGGACCCCCUCCUGCACCUCCCAAAACCUUUACUGGUGGUUUUCCCCCUCAAACUGCUCCUAAACCUUCAGGUCCCUCCUCCCUUCCUAUCGCCCUGUCGCCUGUGUCUCCAACGCCACCGCAAAGCAGCCAAGGGUCGUUUAAAAAGCAGCAAAGCUUCUCAACGGGACAUUCCCCCAAUCAGCCACCUCCGACUCUUCCAAAGCAGCACAGCCUCUCCUCCAAAAACCUCACCAUCUCUCCUUCGUCCUCCUCCUCCUCUGUCUCCAUUGCAGCUGCUACCUCCUCUUUGGUCAAACAGAUUGUCAAUCAGUUCCCGGGAAAUGCUGCCUCUUCCUCCAUCCCUGCCUCCAACUCCAUGGAAGGCUCCAAGUUCAGCACUCCUCAGUCUCCUCCAGCGGUCAAGGCCAAACCAAAGUGGCAGCCAGGAGGCGUUGUGGCUCCACAGUCACCAGAGUUCCCCCCACCUCCUCCAGACAACCCCUUAGGAGAUUUCCCUCCUCCUCCGUCUUCAUCCUCCUCUAAGUCGGGCUCCCCUAUAAAGAAGUCACCUUCCACCUCAUCUACAGGUUCCAACAAGCGAGGGCCUCCGCCAGCUCCUCAGAGAGCCUCCUCCAUGCGGUCCAAUUCAGGCGAGGUCCAAGACGAGAGGCCAAAGAAGGUGGAGAGCCUGGUCAACAAAUUUGGCCAAGCUCCUCAGACGGGUACCUCAUCCAGCUCCUCGUCAGCGACUGGGUCUCCUUCUAAAGAUUCCUCUGUGCUUCCUGCUCCGCUCCCGAAGCCGGGGAAGCUGAAUUUGGCGAAUCUCCCGCUGGUGCUCCAGGGGCUGCAGACAGGCCAGCACCAUCAGCCACCGACAGAGUUCCCAUCCCCUCCUCCCCCACCUCCACCUUCCCAGCCGACUAACCUCGACUCCUCUCCCGACUACUUCCCGCCUCCCCCCAGUGACUCAGAGCUCUUCCCUCCUCCUCCUCACCCGUCAGAGUUCCAUCACCCCCCGAAGGUCGCUGUGGUGAAUCCCCAGCCUCAGAUGCAGCAACAUCAACAGUCGGCGACGCCCACCUUGUCGUCAACGUCAUGGAAACAAAGCUCCCUGAAAAAGGGGGCAGUCCCUCCUCCAACACUGAACCGGUGGAGCAGCAGCACAACUCAGUAUGACAAUACGAUUUCAAUGCCGCUCUCACCGCCUCCUCUGUCUCAGACACCACCUCCUUCUCUGUCCUCUUACACGUCCUCCUCGUCCUCUCCUGUCCCACCCACCUCCCCGAAAUCAGCCGGGCCGGUCUCCCUGGCACUGAAGCCUCACUUCCUGGAAGACCUCAACCGCACCCUUAAGAGGAAGUCGGUGUCUCGCCACGGCUCCCUCACCUCCUCCCACCUCAUCCCCUCCUCAAAGAUGGAGCCCGUGGGCACCAUGGACGACAUGGCGCUGCUGCCGCCACCUCCUCCGGAGCUCAUGCAGCAGCAGCAGGGGGUCCGAGGACACUCCCAAACUCUGUCUCGCCACCACACGCACUCCCACUCCACCAAACAUGCCAACAUCUCAGGCUAUGCAACGCUGCGGCGAGGCCCGCCUCCCGCUCCUCCGAAAAGGGACCAAAGCACCAAACUGACCAGUGAUUGGUAGGGAGCGAGGACACUGGGUGGAGCCUAAACAACUGAACUGACUAUUUAGGACUCAUCGUUUCUGCAGAGAAGAAAUAAUCAAUGUCUGUCUUGACUUGUCCGUCUCCCCUCAUCCUAAACCAUCCACACUUGGAUUUCUGAGCAAGUAGCAAGCUGUGUUUCCUACUCUUAAUCUCAGAUAACGAUCGUUCCUAUUAUCCUCAUUAUUACUGUCAUUACAAUACAUGUUUAACCCAAUGACAUGAGUAAAAAAUAUAUAUGUAUAUAUAUCUGUAUACAAGCAAGCCAGAAAAAUCACCAAUCAAGCUUUUUUCACAACGUCUGUGCAGCUUUGCAUUGAAAUAUACAAAAGACGAGACGGAGACAAUUUGCUGCAAAAUAACUGGUACUGCAUGGAGCCGUAACGUUACCGACGAAGGGAAGGAGAGAUUUAACGGAAGGAUGCGAACGUGAGAUGACGUGUACAGAAAUGUUUGGGGGUGGGGGGGUGGGGGGGCAGGGCACUCUUAGAGGGAGCAUUGCCAUUUAUUUCAAACCUUUUUGUGUGUGUGUGUUUUUAUAUAAGAUUAUUUAAUACUGGAAAGAUAUUGUUAUUAUAAUUAUUUGAAGUUUUUAAGAAGUGUCAGAUGAGAAUGAGUUUGACUGGACGUGUAUUCUCAAAAUACUUAGAAAGUGUUGAUCUGGUUUCUCAGUUUAUACUUGGAUCGUUUGAUCUGAACGUAUUUCCUUUGAAUUUACGGUUUCGUGGCUGAUUGGCGACUUGGAUUUAACGAAUACUUCCCGUAAGGUUGUGCUCAGAUUACAGGAGGUUUUAAAUCAGUUUGUAUGAAGAAAAUAUACCAGAGGGAAGUAUAACAUUCUUUUCAUGUCUUCCCUUUCCUCUGUGAAGUUAGAGGUCUUGCACAUUUUCAUUUCUCUCAGUUCUCCAAAUUAAAUUUGUUUCUAUCGGAGUUAUCUUGACCAGAACCUCCAGUCGUCUGAGUUCAGCCUUCACACCUCCGUCAGUCAGCGACAUCAAACCAAUGUUUUCAUGACAGUCCUGAUCUCCCACCCUGUUUACACGGACUCAGCUUUGCCGUCGGUGUUUGUUGGCUUGUAGACCAAGCGGCUAGUCAGCUCCAAUGAACUCUGUCUGAACGAAGGUGAUCAUCACUUUGCUAGUGAAUAAAAUCAGUCAAUUGUUUGUCAUCUUAAUGGCUCGUCCAUCACUUUGCAUGUUUAUAAGAAGGGGGAGCGUCUUCAUUGUCCCGAGGAAGAAGUGCCUGAAAAGAACUUUGUAUCGUGCAAAGGAUUUAACGUCGAUGGUGCCACCUGAAGUUUAGGUUCUUCAUCCACACACUGGGAUCGUUGU